AUGAUGAAACCUACCAAAAUUCAAGAAAGUCAGUAUACUUAUGAAUAUCCAAGACACUGGGUAGAGUAUGUAGGAGGUGAGAAAGCUAUUGAAAUCAGACAGGUUCGAAGUAUUCCAGCAGGAAGAACAAUAUUAUUGAAGAACUUUAAUGUUUUGAGGUAUAAUGAUGAAACAAAGAAGCAAGAUAGUUUCCCUGUUGCUGUGUAUGUGAACUUAGAUACAGGAGAUGACAUGAAAGUUUUUAACACAAAGCUUCAAACGGUAGUGAGAGAACAACUGACUGCGGAAGGGCAUCCAUUACCUUCAGAAGUUACCAUAGCAUAUAAUUUUGAAACAAACUCAAUAGAUUUUAAAGUCAUCUCUGCAAAGAAGUCAGGUUUUACAUUUAAUGAAGCAGAUGUAUAUUCGAAUGAAAACUUCAAAGCUAUUGCAUGGUUAGAUAAUGACGAUUGUUUUAAGAAAAUAUUUAAAUACAGUGACUCAACGAUGUCAAUAGAUGACCUUCGUGGAAUGUUACCAUCGACGUUUACAGUAGAAGGUUCAGCAGGAUUGCUUACAAGUUUUUCAAUUGGUGGCAUUUGGUCUCGUGAGAACAUU